AUGGCAGCCCAGGAAGAGUUCAUCAGAACGCAAAUCUUCGGCACCGUGUUCGAAAUCACAAACCGCUACACCGACCUCAACCCGGUCGGCAUGGGCGCCUUCGGCCUCGUCUGCUCCGCCACCGACACCUACACGGGCCAGUCCGUCGCCAUCAAGAAAAUCAUGAAGCCGUUCUCCACCGCGGUGCUCGCCAAGCGCACAUACCGCGAGCUCAAGCUGCUCAAGCACCUGCGCCACGAAAACCUCAUCUGUCUCGAGGACAUCUUCCUCUCGCCGCUCGAGGACAUCUACUUCGUCACCGAGCUCCAGGGCACGGACCUCCACCGCCUCCUGCAGACGCGGCCCCUGGAAAAGCAGUUCGUGCAGUACUUCCUGUACCAGAUCCUCAGAGGCCUGAAGUACGUGCACUCCGCGGGCGUCAUCCACCGCGACCUCAAGCCCAGCAACAUCCUCAUCAACGAGAACUGUGACCUGAAAAUCUGCGACUUCGGCCUCGCCCGUAUCCAGGACCCGCAGAUGACCGGCUACGUGUCCACCAGGUACUACCGCGCGCCCGAGAUCAUGCUCACCUGGCAAAAGUACAACGUCGAGGUCGACAUCUGGUCCGCGGGCUGCAUCUUCGCCGAGAUGAUCGAGGGCAAGCCGCUCUUCCCCGGCAAGGACCACGUCCACCAGUUCUCCAUCAUCACCGACCUUUUGGGCUCGCCCCCGGAGGACGUCAUCAACACCAUCUGCUCUGUGAACACCCUCAAGUUCGUCACCUCCCUGCCCCACAGAGACCCCGUGCCCUUCUCCGAGCGCUUCAAGAACGUCGAGCCCGACGCCGUCGACUUGCUGGAGAAAAUGCUUGUUUUCGACCCCAACAAGAGAAUCACCGCCGCCGACGCCCUGUCUCACCCAUACCUGGCCCCAUACCACGACCCCACCGACGAGCCGGUCGCCGAUGCCAAGUUCGACUGGCACUUCAACGACGCGGACCUGCCCGUCGACACCUGGAGGGUCAUGAUGUACUCCGAAAUCCUAGACUUCCACCAAAUUGGCGACAACCAGAUAGAUCCCAACGCCACCUUUGAUGACCAGGUCGCAGCCGCCACUGCCGCUGCCCAGGCCGCCCAGGCCGCUCAGCAGCACCAAUCUUCACAACAGCAGUCGCAGGACCCUUCGGAGCGCACACACCACUCACCCGACCAGCAAAAAUCAGCGCACCAUUCCUCUGCCGAGCACCUCCCAAACGAUUCGCGCCCCAAUGAAACAUUGAACUCUUAUGCGAAUCAAGCUGCACAGUACGCUUCUGAGUUUCAAUAA